AUGAGUGAACGGUGAAGUGAUUAUAACGCAAACAGGAAUUCAACACAGAAAGAUCCUCCAAAACCGACACCUUCAGCUCCACCAGCUGAAAAUAAUCCAUCAACAAGUUCACAAGUUUCUGCUAGUCAGCAACCUAAUAGUCCAUAUCAAGGCUAUUCAGUUAAGACAGUUUCAAUAGCAAACCCAAAUGAGAAUCCAGAAAGAGGAUAUCACCUUGAGUCCAUUGAGUUACUAUGGACGGAUUCAAUAGUCAAAACCACACAAGCUAUUAAAGUUAAUCUCCAAAUCUCAGGAGUGUUACCUGGUAGUGAAAUGCUUAUGCUUAAUGAAUGCUAUGCCAUUGAUGAUUUACAGCUUCCACCUAGAUCCCUUAAUGUUGAAAAAUUGAAGAAACAAUUCCCGUAUCUUAGAGAAGUUCCCGUUGAAUCAUAUUAUGAUGCAAUUCCUUGUGUAUUGAUUGGAUCUCGUCACGCACAUAUGUUUGAAGCCAUUGAACCCGUAAAACAAGGAGGUAGUUGCAAACCUGUAGCACUUAAAUGUAAAUUAGGAUAUACAAUUUAUGGAGGAGCACCAGAAUGUCAUCUAACAGACACAUAUGCUUUACAAGCAGUUGCAACUCAAACUAAUACUGAUAUAUUAGUUGAUAACAGACAUAAAAAAAGCAAACAUAAAAUCUUUGAGCUAAGUGAUCAAAAUGUAAAUUUAUGA